CUUCGUUAUCCGCGCCAGACCUCGCAAGCCUAAAAAGGCAGUUCUGAUAGUCGAUAUGUUUAAAAUAAACAUUCUGAUAUUUUUAAUUGUUUUUACUUCUAGCAGUAUUAAUUGCCAGUUGGACAUUUUUCAAGAUCUACCACUAGAAACUGAUUCGCAGGAAAAAUAUGAUGAGUUGGAACAGCAAAUAACCAAUGACAUUUGGAAUGAGGUUGAAGACCAACACCAAGAACUCGAUUCCCCGGAGAAACUUCUACAAAAGAUUUGUGCACUAUACGAUUUCGAAAUAAAGACUGAAAGAAUCGAAUGUGAAGAUGUUAAAAUUGUUUCAAAAAGUCUUAAAGUAAAUAAUCACGUAAUCCACAAAAGACAAGCUGACGAUGAAUUUGAAGGCUCAGGAGACGAUUCUGCUCUUGAAACUGAAGAGGAAGAAGUUCCUACAGAAUUGCUAGAAUCUGAAGGAUCAGAAACGACUACUGAAGCGAUUACAGCUGAAGAAAUACAAGAAACAACUGCUGAACCGACUACAACUGAAGAAAUACUAGAAACAACAACUGCUGAAGCGAGUACAACAGAAAAAACUGAAAAAGAAAAUAUUCCCCCUGUUCUGCUAGAAUCUGAUAAAUCGGAAAAACUAGAAACAACUACAGAAGCAAGUAGAAUUGAAGAACAAACAAUUAAAGAAUCGCCUUUCAAAAAACAAGCUCUCGAAAUUCCAGUACAGGAACCGAAUAAAGCUGAUUCUCUACAAAGCUCCACAGAAGCGCCCGCCGUUGAAAUUUCUACGAAACAAGAACAACAUGAGAGUUCGACAAAAGAAAAAUCCAUAGAAGAGGUCAAAACAGUAUCAACUGAAAUCAAAAAAGAAGAAGCAACAACUGCUCAAGCUCAUUCUGAAGCACCUUUCAAGCAACAGGAGUUGGAUAUCCCAGAAAUAGUAGCUCCUAAAGAGGUACCAGUUAAUGAAGUAGUUAAAAAUCAAGAUGAAUCUGCUAAUGCACCUAAAUUAGAAAUACCCGUAAGUGAAGGCGAAUCCACAAAUGCGCCUAAAGUUGAAGUACCAGUAAAAGAAAACGAAGCAUCAUCUGAACAACACCUCGAAUUAAGUGAAACUAAAAAAGAUGAUAAUCAAUUAAAACAAGAAGAAAUUAUUCCACAUCAAGACGGAAAUGCUAUUUUGAGUAACAGUAGAGACGGUAUGUCUGAAGCUGAGAAGACAGUUAGAAGAAUGGAAGCCAACGAAAGCAUUAAGUCCCAAGUGUCAGAUAUCGAAGAACCCAAAGCUGGAGCUACUAGCGAAAGUGACGGUGGCAGUAAAGAUACCAAAUUGUUGAUAAUCAUCGGUGGUCUAGUUGCAGCGGUGGGAGUGGCAGCUUUUGCUUAUAACUAUAUCAAAAAGAGGAAAACUACUGAGGUACAGUCCAGAGUUCCUACCCAAGUGAAUGGAAAUGGGAAUACAAAUAAUGAUCCUGAAGAAGGACGAGAGAUGAAACCGUUGAUGAAGUCUCCUCAGCCAAAUAGCAGCGUCGAAUACACAGAUGAAAAAUAGGAAGUGCGUGAGUGUGAAACAAAAACUCUAAUAUUUAUUAUGUUAUUUUAAUGACCAGGUUGCAUUGUGUUAUAAGCAUAGAAAAAAUGCAUCAGAGUACAAACGGAAUCUAAGAGGUCUGCAUGAUUUUUACUGACGAAUUUUUAUCAAUUCAAACGACUUGAAAAAACAACGGAAUUCCUAACAUAAUGCUGAUAUCUAUUGACUAGAUAAUAAGGGGUCGCUUUUGUUAUUUUUAAAACAAUUUUUUAUUAAUAAAAAUUUUCAUCUGUCUUAUCG